ACAGAACCAUGAACGCUUUGCAUGAUUAAAUGGUUCUCUGCAGGGAGAAAUAGUUCUUCAGAUUGAUGGAGAAUAUGUCAGUGCUUCUGUUACAAGCCUGACCUCAUAGCAGUAUCGGAACCCUUUUUAGUGCUACAUAGAACCCUAUAUUACACAUUAUAUGGUUCUUUGCAUGGAAAAUUGUUGGUUUUAUUGUUACAAGCCUGAGAUCAAAACAGUAUCCGGACCCUUUUUAGUGCUGUAUAGAAUCCUAUGUAACACAUUCUCCAUUAAAGGACUUUCAACAUGCAGAGAGCCAAUUAAGCAUGACAUGAUUCUCCCAGUUUUCAUGGUUCUGUAUAGAACCACCGUCUUUACUAAAGAACCCUUGAAGAACCAUGUUUUUAAGUGUGUUGGGACACAUUCAUACACACCUCUCUGUGGAAUAUGUGGAUUAAAAUGUGCAAACAUGUAGGUGAGAACAGUCUGGAACGGAUGUUGGUGACAUCAGUCGUAUCUUCACCUCAUGUUCUCUGUGUGACGUUAGAAUAAGGUGUUCUGAUCACGUUCUGUAAGCCCUGUUUGAUGGAUCUGGAUCGAGUGACCACUCCUGCACAGGUUACAUACACCUCCACAUACCCGUCAGAUGAUACCCCCAGGAGGAGUCUGUCAGACUGCUGAAAUAAGGAGAGCUCACACGUGGAAAUAUGGAAUCUGCAGAAAGCUCCGUUGUUCUUCCGUGCUCCUCCGGUACUCUCAGCUCUGAUUUAUUCAACAGACAAAUACAAACCAUUACAAUCAAGGAGAGAACUCACCUCUGCCUGGAGUGCGGGAAGAGUUUUACAGAGAGAGGAACCCUUAAAGCACACCAGCGCAUCCACACCGGAGAGAAACCCUUUCAGUGUUUGGAGUGUGGGAAGAGUUUUACUCAGCUGAAUCAUCUCCAGCUUCACCACCGAUUUCACACAGGAGAGAAGCCGUAUUACUGCUCCGACUGUGGGAAGAGCUUCAAUCAGCAGAGUCAUCUCCGAAUACACCAGCGCAUCCACACAGGAGACAAACCGUUUCACUGCCUGUACUGUGGAAGUAGUUUUAGUGAUAAAGGCAACCUCAACAAACACCAGCGCAUCCACACAGGAGAGAAGCCGUACUGCUGUUCAGAGUGUGGAAAGACUUUUAAGGACAGAGGUCCUUUCAAAGCUCACCAGCGCAUCCACACCGGAGAGAAACCCUAUCACUGCUCCGAGUGCGGGAAGAGCUUCAAUCAGCUGAUCCAUCUCCAAAGACACCAGCGCGUUCACACUGGAGAGAAACCGUAUUUCUGUUCGUACUGUGGAAAGAGCUUUAGUGACAAAAGUACUUUAAAAAAGCACCAGCACAUCCACACAGGAGAGAAACCGUUUCAGUGCUCAGUAUGUGGGAAGAGUUUCAAUCAGCCGAGUCAUCUUCAGCAACACCAGCGCAUCCACACCGGGGAGAAACCGUUCUCCUGCUCCGACUGCGGGAAGAGCUACAGACAUUCGAGUACUUUAAAGGCGCACAAGUGCAUUAGAGUAGACAUGGAAACUCCAGAUUUGUGACUGUUAUGAUCCGGAGCCGUAUUACAGAAACAUCCUCACUCUGUCUGUUUAGUCACCAUGACAACUUCAGUUAAGUUGAAUUUAGGACACAGAAUAAGUUUAUCAUUUUAUAAUCUUAAGAAUUGCAGAAGAACCCUGGCUUUGGUUUCUAGUGUUGGCACUUCUAAUAAAAAGAGAACAUGGUCAGUUUUAGGCAACUCAUGUAGAGACACAAGUUCACUAACAUGCCAUUACUUCUUAUUUAAAAUUUAAAUCUGCAGUUCAAAAAACCCCAGAAAACAAAAGUCCCAGUUGAUUAGUGUUGAUGAAAACUUGCCAGAUCAAAUACUGCAGUGUCGUUGAAUAAUAAGGUGGUAUAGCUGAACGUGCGGCUGCUUAUUAGUAGAACUAGAUCUGUGGGCAGGGUCUUAAAUGGAAACUGAAACUGGGGCAGUGACCCCAUUAAACAGCAGAGGGCACCAUCACAAUUUUGUAACUUCUGAUUUUGGUUACUGAAACUCAUUGCACUUUAGUUUUGUUUUCCCAUAUUUAGUUUUCUUGUCAUUGGUUGUUUAGCCACCAAACAUGAUGUAAUUAAUUAAUGAAUGACCUCCGUUGGGGAUAUUAUGAUUACCUAACUUGUUAUAAGACGUUAUGAGAUAAAAAAUUUUACUUCUAAAUUAAGAUAAGAUGGUCAGAUUUGCUUCUCUAGUACAAAUUAGUGAAAAAGCCUAUCUUGACCCAUCAGAUCAGAAAAAAAUGUUUCUGUAAUACAGCAAGUAUUAAAGAAUGUAGUUUAUAUAAUUUAAUAUUGUAUUACAUGUAUUUUAGAAAAGUAUUCAAAACGUAGUAAUAUUUAAAAGCUGUAUUUAAAUACAUGUAGCUGAUGUAGGCGGUUGUUAAUACUGGAAGGACUGUUAUCCUCACUUCCCUGUGAUUUCAUGCAUGUCUGUCUGUGAUUGUUGUCAGUUGAUGUUGUGUGGUUGUUUCGUUUUGGUGCAUGUGGAUGUAAUGAUGUACUAUAGUCAGUCUAAAGGUAGCAUAUCUGACAAAGACUGAUGGGAAUGUUCUGGUAUGGAAUUGUCUGUUUGCAUGAACGUCCUACCUGUUUUUAGGUCCCCGCCACUCUUGGUCCUCACAACGGCAGAUAAACACGGUGAAAGGGCAGGAUGAGGGUCGUGUGUCACCAGGUACUAAUGCUGUGGGGAAACAGUGCUGUUCUUCAAAAACAUGACACCAAAAGGAAUAAAAUGAGUGAAUUCUAAAAUCUA